AUGAAGCUUCUGACUGUCUUGACUCUUCUCACCGGGCUGGUUGCAGCUAGCCCGAUUGACCUUGAAAAGCGACAGCGAAAUGAGUUGCGUGUGGGCGCUUGCGAGGAGAUCACUUUCAUUUUUGCCCGCGCCUCCACUGAGACAGGCUAUCUCGGUGGCUCUACAGGACCAGGAGUUUGCAACGGCCUGAAACUGGCGCGGGUGGGCCAAGUCGCUUGCCAAGGUGUUGCACCUCGGUAUACAGCCGAUCUGGCGUCCAACUUCUUGCCUCAAGGCACCUCGCAGGCGGCUAUUGACGAAGCCGUGGAACUGUUUCAGCUGGCGGCGUCAAAGUGUCCGAACACUAAGAUUGUUGCGGGAGGAUACAGCCAAGGAACGGCGGUCAUGCACAAUGCGAUUCCCGCACUGCCCGACAACAUUAAAAAUAUGAUCAAGGGGGUGGUGCUCUUCGGAGACACCCGCAAUCAGCAGGAUGGCGGCCGUAUCCCGAACUUCCCAACUGACAAGACCAAGAUCUACUGCGCCGUCGGCGACUUGGUGUGCGAGGGCACUCUCGUCAUUACCGCAGCGCACUUUACCUAUAUGGCCAAUGUCGCGGAUGCCGUAAGCUUCCUUCUUGCGAGGGUCUAG